GCAAGCGCCUGAGACAUUUUGUUAGGCUGAAGUUUGCCUUUGGGCCAGAGCCGCUUGUUACUAAUAUUAUUUGUGGAUUUCUCAUGCAAAGAAAUCAGUUUUUGAGUUUUAAAUGGUUUAGAAACCAAAGGAAAGCGGCUGUCAGCACCGUUGACAAGAAGAUACCAAAUGGCAUUUUGGAAGAACAAGGGCAGGAAGACAGUGCUGCAGAUCUGAGCACACCAUGCCCACCAGAACAGACUGUCAUGCUCCUUACCAGCUCUCCAACCAUUUCAAAGAAAUAUACUUCAAUUCCAGUGGACUGUCUGGAAGAGGAGACUAGGAUACGCUCAGCUGAUGAUGGCAAGCUUUUCCGUGAAGAGUUCAAUGUAUGAUAUGGUUUCAUGUUGCUAUUUACAGUACUUUAAUACUAUCCGCAAAA